AUUUCCGGUGCGACCCAAGCGACAACACAUAAUAUUAUAGCCAAAUCAUCUGCGCUACAUAUCGUUUUCUGCUCCCUCGCAUCAUGUCAGCGUCCGGCUUUAUCCUGGUGGUCGUGGCGGUGUCUCUGUGGCCCGGAGACUGCAGGUUCGUCGUGAAUCCUUUCAUCAAACACAAACCUCUGACUCUGGAUAUGUGCUCAGAAUGCAGCCAGAUCGUGCAGCUGUCCGCCAACAUGAUUUCCAGCAGAGAUACUAAGGAGACUGUAUAUGAAACCUUGCAUGCUCUGUGCCAGCACCUCCCAGAGCAACAGGCAUCUGAGUGUGAGUCUCAAGUGAAGACGUAUUUACCAAAAGUCCUGCAGCAAACACCUGGUCACCUGAAACCAGGGGAGGCCUGUGUGGUUUUUGGACUUUGUGCUGCCCACAAGGAGGAAGAAGUACUGAAACUUCCCCACCAUGCCACCAAUGAAUACAAACCCAGCUCUGCACUCGGGACAGCCACCAGCACACAUGAGCUGUUCAACCCAGCAUGCGCCCUGUGUUUGUUUAUCAUCAAGAAACUGGAGACCCUGCUGCCCACAAACAUGACCGAGGAUACUUUAAUGAAGCUCAUGGGAGAGGUCUGUGAUCUUGUUCCAGAGAGCUACAAGGAGCGAUGUGAUGACUUUGUUGCCAAAUAUGGCACACAGAUAGUCGAAUUCCUCCUGUCGUCCGCUGCACCUCAUACAAUAUGUACUCUUUUGCACCUGUGUUUGUUCAAGGAGGAGAGCGCUCCAGAGGCGUUCCUUCCCUCGGACUGCGAGUCGUGCCGCACGCUGGCUGUGCUGAGUCGACUUCACCUGGGUCCCAACUCCACCGAACCUAUGACCUCCUCUUUCCUUCAGUCUGUGUGUGUCCAUCACCCCAACGCCAUCCCCAAGUGUGAGGCUUUCACCAGAAUCUAUGGCUCCAGACUGCAGAAGGUUUUGGGAAACCAGAUGGACACUCCACAUGCUUGUGAAAGAGCCGAUCUGUGCGUGGCCUCACAGAAGCUGGAGCCGCUGGGAAAGAAUCGUUGUACUUGGGGACCAACCUACUGGUGCAGAGACAUUCAGACUGCUCAGAUGUGUGGUAACCAAGCCUUCUGUAAGAAAUACAUGUGGAAGCAGUGAUCCAGAUUGCAGUUCUGAAAGCAAGCAACUACUUUCUUUUUACGAAUGUAUUAUUACACUGAUCUACUUUUAAUGGUUUUAUAAAUGUAAUGCACUGAUCUCGCACUUUUCUUUUUUUUUUUUUUUUGGAGGGGUGGGGCUCCAUCUCAUAUGCUAUUUCAGUCAAUCAGCCAUAAAUAUUCAUCAUGAAAUUCUCCGGUUUGCAUGAAGUGUCACAAGACUGAGGCCAGGAUUCAGUCUGAAUCAUCAGUUUCUGCAGGGGUCAACAGUUUUGUGAAUAGUGUCGUUCAGUACAUUGACUGUUAGAUGUAUGUUAUUAUGAAUCUGAAAAUAUAAAAAUCAUUACAUAAGAUGAGCUCUCAGUAUGUAUUAAAGAUUAACUGGAAAACUGGCUACUGAAUAAAGCUGCAGAGCUGUUUCUUCUGUUA